CACCGCAGGCGGCGACUUCAACAGCUCGGCAAAAACUUUAAACAUCGACCGGCAAUGUGUCGGACCGUAGCCGGGGGAGUCGAGAGCAUUCGCGGUGUAUACAAUUACGCGAAGGAAAGCAGUUGGCAGCGUUUUUAGCCAAACAGACUUGUUUUCAGCGGAUAUAUGCCGCCUUCAUGACUACGUACAGCAUGACAAGUAAAACAGAGGCAGUUUGGGGCUUUUAACAACCUUGGAGACAGCUAACCUUAACAGCUAAGUUAGCUUAAAGCAAAAAAAAAACAAAUGAACGCUAGCUUAAUGCUAGUGAGUUGUAAAUUGGGUUUUUGGUUGUCGGUUAUUCACUGCUGCCACAGUAACAGUGUGUUAACCUUUGCGUUUGAAUUAACAUCAUCGAAAAGCUGAAACCCUGAACUCAAGUCGAUUUUCAAUUGGUUCACGUGGUUUACGUCGAUACACAUUCAACGACUUUCGCUGACUUCUGAAAUCAGAGGGACUUCUACCUGAAUAUCAAGGUGCUGAAUGGCCUCCGUUGUAGGAGUGAAAACUGAGAAGCGACCUGCAGCUGAUUCUCAGGAUGCAGACUCAAAUGCAAAAAAACCCAGGAAACUGCUGCCCAGCCUGAAGACUAAGCGAGCCCCUGAGCUAGUCCUGGUGAUUGGCACGGGGGUAAGCUCUGCAGUGGCCCCUCAGGUCCCUGCUCUGCGCUCCUGGAAAGGUCUCAUCCAGGCCUUGCUUGAUGCAGCAAAUGACUUUGACCUACUAGAGGAGGAAGAGAGUCGACGUUUCCAGAAGCACAUGCAGGAAGACAAGAAUUUGGUGCAUGUGGCCCAUGACCUGAUUCAAAAACUUUCCCCGAGAACAGGCAAUGUGCGAUCCACAUUCUUCAAGGACUGUCUAUACGAGGUGUUUGACGAUUUGGAGUGUAAGAUGGAGCAUGCAGGGAAACAUCUACUGCGCUCGGUGCUGCAAUUAAUGGAGAGUGGCGCACUGGUCCUCACCACUAACUUUGACAACUUACUGGAGAUCUAUGCAGCUCACCAAGGCACCAAGCUGGAGUCUUUGGAUCUGACAGAUGAGAAGAAGGUUUUGGAGUGGGCUCAGGAGAAACGGAGGUUAAGUGUUCUCCAUAUCCACGGUGUUUACACCAACCCCAGUGGUAUCGUACUGCACCCUGCUGGCUACCAGAAUGUACUGAGGAACACUGAGGUUAUGCGUGAGAUCCAGAAGCUGUAUGAGACCAAAUCAUUUGUGUUCCUCGGCUGCGGGCGCACAGUAGAUGACACAACCUUCCAGGCUUUGUUCUUGGAGGCGGUCAAGCACAAGUCGGACCUGGAACACUUUAUGCUUGUGCGGCGCGAGGAUGUGGGUGAGUUCAAGAAGCUACGCGACAACAUGCUGGACAAAGGCAUCAAAGUCAUCUCCUAUGGAGACGAAUAUGGCGACCUGCCCGAGUACUUCGAGAGGCUUGCCAAUGAGAUCUGCAAUCGUGAUGUAUCAACCAACGGCUGGGGGUCUCCCGCAAAAAACGGGGAGGAAGUGCAGAAUGGCUUUAACACACAGAAAAGCCUCCUUCAAGACUAUCAUUCUUGACAGGCACUCAGUCGGGAUCAGUAUCAGACAUUUUCCUUCACAGCUCCAACAAGAGAUCAGUCUACUUCGAGUAGUACUUGAGUCUGAGUUCAUUCUAUGGAUUUAGGAAUCCAUGGGACAUGGGAGACCUAAACGCUGUUGUCAGUAUUUUCCAGAUGUUUAUUUUUUCCUUUAUUAGUUCUUGUUUAAAAGGGAAAGGAAAAAUUGAACAUGACUGUUUAAAACCAAGAUUCAACCUCAAAGCCCCCCCCCCCCCACUGUACUGUACUUAAAU